UUGUGUCUCUGAGUUCGAGGUUGUGGUUGAGUUUCUACGAUCCGACCUCUCUUCCGGGUUUGCCACCACUCCCAUUUCAUAGACGAGUCGAAAUUCCUCUUCAGAAAUCUCAAAGAGUGAUUCCAAUCCAGCAUGGCCGACGCUCUUGUUUCGCAGCUCGCUACGCUCAGCGGCAACCUGAAGUCUGAGGCAGACAAGAUCGAUGAGGUCACUGCCAAGAAACUGAACGAUGCCAUCAUUGUCUUGCAAGGCGUGGCCAGAAGAGCCAGUGGCGACACGCCUCCCUUUGUGAGUGCCUUUGAUGACUUCAUCUCAGAACACGUUGCCAAGUACCUUAACCUGUCCCAAGAGAUCGGAGGCGUUGUCUACGACCAUGCAAAACUGGUUGAGAAGUGCUACAACCUACAGAGGGAGUAUUUACACGUUGCUGCGAACAGCAAACGGCCGUCCCAGAAGGAUUACGGUGGUUUCUUCCAGCCGCUUCAAGUUCUUGUUGAAGACGUCAUCAAAUUCGCUGAUAAGAACCGCACUAACAAGGAGAGGCAGAACCACCUGAUGACCGUCAAGGAGGGAAUCGGCUGCAUUGGCUGGGUCACUGUGGAGCCCAAGCCUGGAAUGUAUUUGAAGGAAAUGUACGACCAGUCUCUGUUCUAUGGCAACCGUGUCAUCAAGGAAUACAGAGGAAAAGAUGACAAGCAGGUAGAAUGGAUGAGAUCGUUCACUAACGCCAUCAUGAGACUGAAGGAUUUCGUGGACAAUUACCUCAACACCGGGGUGACAUGGAACCCGCAGGGGAAAGCUCCUGUUGCCCCCGGUGGUGGUGCUGCUGCCGGCCCACCCCCACCCCCUGGGGGAGCUCCCCCACCCCCUCCCCCACCGGCUGUGGAGGCACCCACUGCCGCAGGGGCCAGUAGUCAACCAACCGCUGCUGCGGCACUGUUCGCUGACAUCAACAAGGGAGAAGGUGUCACUACAGGUUUGAAGAAAGUCACCGCGGACAUGCAGACCCACAAGAACCCAGCCCUGCGCCAGGGCGCCAAGCCGUUCUCGGGCGCUGCCCAGUCCGGCGUCAAGGCAGUGUCUGCACCCAAGGUCCCGGCUAAGGCUGUGGUCAAGCCGCCUCGGCUGGAGCUGAUUGCGGGCAAGAAGUGGGAAGUGGAAUACCAAAAAGACAAACAAGAUAUUGUGAUUGAAGGUCAGAUGAUGCAAACCAUCUACAUCUACAAGUGUGAGAAUAGCGUCAUUCAGGUCAAGAACAAGGUCAACUUGAUCACAUUGGAUAGCUGUAAGAAGACGGGCUUGGUAUUGGACCAGUGCAUGGGAUCGGUGGACACCGUCAAUUGCCAGAGUGUAAAACUGCAGGUGACCGGCAAAGUGCCUAUCGUCAGCAUUGAUAAGACGGAUGGAGCUAUGCUGUACCUGAGUCCUGACUCUCUGGAUACGAUCGUUGUCGCGGCCAAGUCAUCUGAGAUGAACGUCCUGAUACCCAAAGGCGACGGGGAUUACACGGAGUUUCCGCUUCCCGAGCAGUUCAAGAGCACGUACAACGGCAAAACCUUUGUAACAGCAUGCAACGAUUCACUCGGAUAAACUCCAAAAAAUAUUUCUAGGGAAAAAAAAUCCAGCAAUUCUGGUGCGAAUUACAAUAGCAAGUACAUUAUUAUGAGGGAGAUAAUUGAAUUUUUUUUUUUACUUAACUCUAAACAAGUUUAUUUUGGGAGUUCAUACAACUGUGGCAUUCGACUUUUUUCUGCAGGUUUUUGACAAAAUUGUUCUCAAAUAUACAGCCUUAUUCAGAUUAUGUUGUCUCACUGUUAAGUACAAGUGGACUGUAGCAAUUUCAAAAUAAUUUUCGGAAUGUACGGAAUGAUUUCACGUAAUGUUUAGGCGAGGAAAAGUUUUCUAAUUGUAACCCUAUGCAAUCUCUGAAGACUUUUUUAAUGGCACUAAAAUUGGCAGCCGUGUUCUGAGAUUUGAUAAUCGAGAAUACUAACUAUCGCUAUUAAGCUCUUAGCAUGUCUAGGCGUUGAAAAAGAUUUAUGAAUUUAUUCAGCUGAGCUAACAAGGAAUUUUUAUAUAGAAAGUUUAGUGAAGCAUUUCUGUUGCAUAUAACCGUCUUUAGUUGUGAGGUGACAGAAAUUUAGCUAUGAUCCGAAACUUGGUAAAACGUGAAGCAACGUUUCAAGGUAUGGAGUUGGAUCAAACUAAGUUCUCAUUGGUUGAUUGUUUAACCAAUAAGAGGACAGGACUACGUUGCUCAUGAAUAUGCAUGAAUGCUUGAAUGCAGAUUUGGUAACAUACUUUGAGGUAAUCAUGGAAUAUCUGUUAAAAAAAUUAUUGUGGAUUUAACCAAAGUGAAGAAAUCAAACAAAGUUAGGGGGCCUUAUGUUUCGAUCUUUGAAAAUAGAUCCUGCUAGGUUUGAAAUAUUAGCCCCCUAAACUUCUUUGAUUUGUAUAUUUUAGGUCCAUCCAGUCAGUUAACAGUUUGUAGCAUUUUUAUUCAUUUUCAAAAUGAAAAGUAAAUUUUAAGGUAAAUUUAAUUAAAACUAACAGUGUUUAUAACUUGAACAGUUACUGCAUGAAGUAAAAGUGAGCAUAUGUUUGCCUUUGUUUGUAAAAUGUCACGUCUUGAGGUCACAAAAACUGUCUUAGAAAUGGUUCAUGCAUUUUCCAUAGUACAAAAUACAUAAAACUUUACAGCUCCGUUGGAAUGGCCCUGGAACAUGUAUAUUUUUGCAGCCCCUACACCGCCAUAGAUUUCUGUUCAGGUUUUCAUGUGAGCUAAUGCAACAUGUAACAAAAAGAGGGAACCAGUUACUAUGGCAACUAGCAGACAACCUCAGCGAUGUCAUGGCUACGACUUUGAAUAUUUCAUGUUCUUCUCUAUCAUUUUUCAACGGAUACCGCAAAAAUGACUUUAAUAUACGGUUCAAAAAUUCAUGAUGCAUUUUGAUCAAUGCGGAGCAUGUAUUAAUUAACGACAGUAAACUUGUAUAUGCCAUAUAAUGUGGUUUUGGUUUUAGUAUGACUAAUUUCUGCUAUUCUAAAAAUAAAAUAUUCACUUCCUGCCUGGGCAUAUAUGUUUUUGAUUCUGAGAAAAUAAUUGGAAAAACAUUUAUACUUCCUGGAUUUUUUUUAUGUAUAGAUUGUUUGCUUAGAAGCCAUGUUUUUUAGUGUGUUGUUUUGUUCAACAUGGAAUACGCAUAAGUAGACCUUGUAGCUCUGGAGAUAUGGGAGUUUGUUUUUAAAAUUAAAUUAAAUUAAAUUCAAUUUUGUUGAUCCAAAAAUAUAUAAUUGCAGGAAAGAAUGCCUUGAAACAAAUGACUGGUAUUUGUGAAAAUCAACAGAUAAAUUUGAAAAAAAAAAAAUUGUUGACAUUAUCCAAAAAAUUGAAUCGUCAUCCUUUAUGUUCAAGGAAUGAAACGUACACUAGCGUAGGAUAAUUAUCUUAUUCUGUCGAUUAUUUCUGCAGUUAUUUCUCAACUUUUAAACAGAUUUAAACUAUUAUAUCCGUUCCACUGAAUGGUAUUGGUAUCUCUGACUAAUUUGUACUGACAAGAUUGCAUUAUUUCGGCUCGUAAUGCUGAGCACUGAAUGAAACUAAAGUUGAUUUUUGUAACUUCUAAAAUUUCAUUUGUCAAGUGUACGGAAGAAUGCUCAUUAAAAAAGUAGAGAAAGUCACAAAAGGACUUUGAUUGGA